AAAGGAAGAGGCAGGUGCUGCUCAGAGAAAGAGCCGGCAGAAGGGGGACCCAGACCUGGAGGAGGGGUCCCCGGCCAGCGGCUACUGGUCUUUUUAGGGGACACACCAGUCUGGGUCUAGGAGACCAGGGGAAAUGUCCCGAGAACUGGAAUCCAACAGCCACCAUCAGGAGGAAGAGUCAUUGCUGGGGCGAUGCUGGUAGUGCGCAGAGGACCACUGGUCCCUACUGCAGUCUUCCCGUGACCCUCUGCGCCCCCUGCUGGCAGAGCUGGCGAAGUCCAGGUGUGGUUCGCAGAGUCAGGUCCUGACAUCGCACCGCGGAAAACAAGGACACAGUUAAGAUACUAUUAUAUGCCAACAAGCCUCAUCUAAAAGCUUUUAAUCCGCACGUACCUACUGUGGACCAGAACUAUAAUAGGGUGUCAGGAUCUUCUACGCCCGUGGUCUUGGGCUGCAGAUUCCGUAUGUCCUGCCCUUCUCAGACGCCCCUCACUUACCUAUGAAAUGACUCACCUAUGGCUGUAGAAGAGGUCAAAUUAUAUUUAAGGGACUCGAAAAUUCUAGAGCCAGUGUCCACUUGGACUGAUCCUUGGUCCACAAGAAGCGUGCCCUCCGCGAUGGCAUUCUUGAAGCGGGACUGAGUGUGGGUGGGGAGAAUGGAGGUCUAAGAAUUCACAUGCCUCUUAAAGAGAAGUGGAUGGUCCCCGUGUUGCCUGUUCCAGAGAGGUCUGCGAUGCUAAGAACUGUAUAAGUUACUUUUUUCAGUGAUCAGAAAUGAAUGAAAAAUCAGACAAAAACAGUUCUGCUCACGAGGGACACACAGGGCAAAGUUCUCCUGAGAAAAACUGUCAGAUUGGACAGAAGCAACUGCAACAGAUAGAGCGGCAGUUAAAAUGCUUGGCGUUUCAAAACCCUGGACCACAGGUAGCUGACUUUAAUCCCGAAACCAGGCAGCAGAAAAAGAAAGCUCGGAUGUCAAAGAUGAAUGAGUAUUUUUCUGUAAAAUACAAAGUUAGGAAGAAGUACGACAAGAGUGGCAGGCUGAUCUGUAAUGACGCUGAUCUGUGUGACUGCCUGGAGAAAAACUGUCUGGGCUGCUUCUACCCUUGCCCCAAGUGCAACUCCAACAAGUGUGGCCCCGAGUGCCGCUGCAACCGACGCUGGGUCUAUGAUGCCAUUGUCACCGAAUCCGGGGAGGUCGUCAGCUCGCUGCCCUAUUCCGUGCCUGACUAGGAGUUGUUGCACGUGAGCCGGUUUGGUUUUCCUUAACUGCUAAGCCAACCUUGUUCUCCUGGUUGGAUUUUAGGGCGUGGGGAGGCUGUUGGGAAAGCAUACAGAAGACUCGUGUUCUCUGAAGCUAUAGAACAAUGUAGCAUGGGCAGUCACUCUGUCACCUUCUUCCUGUGUCUUCCCGAAUGCCUUCACCUUGUCCCCAGAGAAUGACAGUGCACGAUCUCAGCAUCACCCCCGGGCACACCUCCAUCUCCGCUCUCACUGAAAAAUCUCUUGCUUCUUUUACUGCCUGAGACCCUGUGGUUUCAAGAUUUUCAGAAUUCUGCAGCUGGGAGCUUUUCUUAUGUAGAACAUAAAAUUAUCAACUUAUAAGACCUAAUGACCCUUACACCAGGUCCAAGUCAGAAUUGCUCUUUGAAUGAAGAAUACCCCCACGCCUUGUGAUUUUGCACUGUAUACGCAUUGCCUUAUUUUUUUUUUCACGUUUUGAUAACAUUCCGAUUAAAUUCGGUCACACUUGGCAAUAUUUUUAUGAAAAAUUUGUAUUUUACUUGUCAAAUUGAGAAAUUAGGACUUGAAUGUCCUAAGAGCUAGUGGCUUCCUUUUUUUUUUUUUUUUCAAUCUCAGGAUCAGUAUUUUCAGAUUCUUUUUCAAAAGAGGGAAACAAGUUAUUAUAUAAGAGUGUAUUGUUGUAUGUUAGCUCAGGGAGGGUGUUGAUAUGCAGUUGACUAGACACAUGAUGUGAUUUUUUUUUCAAUACUGUUACAUAGUAGGAAGUAUACAGAAAUGUGAACUAAGCCUUCUUUGGAUUUGCUUUAUAUAUAUAUAUAUUUUAUUUUUAAGCAAUCUCUGGACCCAUUGUGGGGCUCGAACCCACAACCCUGAAAUCAGGAUUUGCACGCUCCACUGACUAAGCCAGGCGCUCCUCUUUUUUAGUUUCAAAAGCAUUUAUUUCUGCACAAUCCACAGGUGUCAGGGACGGUUCCUAAUAAUUCUCGACUUGUUACUUGACCAUAUGUUUUGGGACUAAAGAAACAAAAAUCCUAAAAGCCCUCCUAUGACUACAGUUUUCCUGUAUGUGAAGCAGGAGUGCAUACUCUGUUUUCCACACUUUCCUGGGUUUUCCAGAUUCAACUCCCUUUUACUGAGCCUCUACUGACUUUUGUGAGCCAAACAGUGAUGCUAAGUGCAUCCAGUUCAUUACCUUGAACCCUCCCAUCCUGUGAAGAAGGCAUGAGAUCAAGUUACCCAAGUCUGAUCCUUUGAAAUGCUUACCAGUGGCGUGACAGUCAAAAGGGGUGGCUCCUUUUUUUGGUUUAUAUUUUGUUUGGGUUUGAGAAUAACUAUUGUUUUGUACAUGCCUGACCAAAUGAAUUGUUUUAUUACUUAUUUAUUUUUAGAAUCAUAUCAUUUUUACACUUGAAAAGGGAUCUUGCCUGUUGUCUAGCUAGUGAAUUAGUCAACAAAUAAUAUUGGCGGGGGGGAGUCUUAGGGGCCAGGCACCAGGCUAGGCCCAGGGGAUCCUGCUGUGAGCAUAGCUGAGCUGGUUCCUGUCUUCAAGGGGAUUGUAGACUAAGACCCUUCUUGUUUUAUUUUCACAACUGAGGAUUUAGCCCCAUUGAGAUAAAGUGACUCAAUUAAGGACACACGGAAAAGCCUUAGUAUUUUGAACCCCAUGACUAGGUCAGUGUUCUUUCCCUGACAAGUAUUUCCCAAAUUUGCCUGAUUGAUUGCGAAGUUUCUUCAACUGCUUUCAAUAAUAUGCAUUCCUGAGCCCCAUCACAAACUUCGGGAAUCAGAACUUCUAGGGAUGAGGCCUGGAAAGCCUCACUUGUCAUCCAAUACUCUGGGUCAGUCUCAUGAUCAGAUAAGUUGGAGAAAUAUUCCCUUGUCACUACCUGUCCUAUUUUCAUAUUAAAAAAAAUAAUAAUCUUAGGCAAAUUAACCUUCACGUAUCUUUCCCUUUUGUCUCUUCUCAUCUUUUAGUCUUAAACAUUACAUGAGAUCAUCUGAUUUAAAAUGGACUGGUUUAAAAAGUGUGUAGCAAAACAUAAAGUUAAAAAAAUUGCAUGAUUAUGAAGCAGACACCUCAUACUGCUUUUACGGAACCCUGGCAAAACAUUUGAUGGAGUGCUUUUUUAGAAGUCACCUUAUUUCAUCUGGACCUAAUGCCAAUUCUAUGCAUUUUUAAAAAGCCUUCCGCACUAAAUGAUCAGUGCACAAAUAAAUUUAUGUGAAUUAUUGGAAA